UAACUAAUGUUUAACUAAUGAACCUUAUUGUAAAGUGUUACAGAAUAAAUAAAGGAGAGAAAUCAUUUUAAAUGGACAGCAAAUAACCAAAAAUGGCAUUCAUUUCCCACAAAACCACAUCAGGUGUGGAAGAAUUUCAUAGAUCAAGAUUUGUGUCAUAUAUUCAUUAUCCUUGCAUAACUGACAAAGGGCGUUGAACUGGCACAAAUCACUUCCACACACCCUACCUCCUUCUCCCAUGGACAAAGUACAGGAGCCGCCCUGCAUCUCCGUCUCUAUAAGAGAUCAGAGCCGGGCUCAAAUGUUCCAUCCUCGUCAGGACAGCUCUAACGGUUUCCUUCAGUGUCCUCUCUGGGUUCAUCUCAUCUCUGCAUCCAUCCACCAUGUCUUGCUCUCUCCGUACGUCAUCCUGUUAUGGUCCCAAGACCGUGACCUGUAAAUCCGUAGUUACUCCAAUUAGCUGUAGAACAAUAACUUGUGCACCCAAAGCAUACAGUGUGUAUGGCUGUGGUUUUGGAGGAAGAACUCGGAUCUCUUCCCCCUGUUAUCGCCGCCCUGUUAUCAAUUGCUACCCAGAUCUGCAUUGCAAAAUUGGUGGAGGAUAUGGACGUUAUGGCGGACUGAACAGUGGAGUAAUCGGAAUCACCGCUGGGAACGGUGAUUACAUCCAGCUGAAUGAGAAGGCCACCAUGCAGUGCCUGAACGACCGUCUGGCGUCCUACCUUGAGAAGGUGCGCUCCCUGGAGGCUGCCAAUGCCAUUCUGGAGAGGCAGAUCCGUGAGUUCUAUGAGAAGAAGGGGCCGAUCUGCCAGAGGGACUACAGCGCCUACUGGAACACCAUCAACUGCCUGAAGGAAAAGAUUAGAAAUGCUACCAUCGACAACGCCAACAUCCUACUGCAGAUCGACAAUGCUAAACUGGCUGCUGAUGACUUCAGAAUAAAAUAUGAGCAUGAGCUAGCAGUGCGGCAGUCUGUGGAGGCUGACAUCGCCAACCUGCGUCGCUUGCUGGACCAGAUGACCCUGACAAAGGCCGACCUGGAGAUGCAGAUCGAGACUCUGCAGCAAGAUCUAGCAUGUUUGAAGAAGAACCACCGGGAGGAUGUGGAAGCGCUAAUGUGUCAGUUGACAAACACAAAAGUGUGUGUGGAAGUGGAUGCUGCUCCUCAGCAAGACCUGAAUAAGGUUUUGGAUGAGAUCCGUUGUCAUUAUGAGACCAUCAUAGACAAACACCGCAGAGAACAGGAGUGCUGGUUCAACGAGAAGACGGCACAACUGUGCAAAGAUGUGGCCUGCCGCACAGAGUGCCUAGAAACUUCUAGGUCACAGAUCUCAGAUUUGCAGCGUACCUUGAAUUGUCUGGAGAUCGAACUACAGUCUCAGAUCAGCAUGAAAGGAGCACUGGAGUGUUCACUAGCAGAAACAGAGGCUAGGUACAGCACUAUACUAGCAGGCUUCCAGAAACACAUCGACACAUUGGAGGCAGAGCUUUGUCAGGUGCGCUAUAGCAUUGAGCAGCAGGGCAGAGACUAUGAUGCACUGCUGGACAUCAAGAGCCGUCUGGAGCAGGAGAUCGCCACUUACAGGUGCCUCCUGGAAAAUCAGGGCAUCAAGACCCAAGGACCGGGUGAUGUGUUUGUGUGUACAACCCCAGUCGAAAAAGUGGUCAAAUGUAAACAAGUCAUUUGAACAACAUCAAAUGUAAACAAAGAAUGUAACAAGGUUGUAGUGCAAUGAAACAUUCUGUACUGACAGUCUUACAAUUCACCAUUAAAGAUCAGUUGAGAAGCAGUUUUCUUUCCUGUCUUAAUGCACGUAUUUCUUGUUAAAACAGGAAGUUUGGGCAUCUGCAAAAUGUACAUUUUGACUAUGUUUAAGAACUCUCAUUUUAUUUUAAGAGGCCUUUUAUUGAUAUACUGAUUGGAAGAGCCAUUAUGACCUUUAAUA